UGGUGCUUCGAAACAAUAAAUAGCGUAUCGAAAUAAUGUUAGUGAAGACGGUCGGACAAAAACUGUGCGAGUUUGGACCGAAUCGUUUAAAAUGUUAGACGUUUUUCGCGGAUUAAAAAAUCUUAUCAAGGUGAACUAUGUACACAUCGAUUCGCCAGUGUUUAGGCUGCAUUAUUCCAUCACCGUUAUCCUACUGAUAGCCUUCAGUUUGAUCGUCACCACGAGGCAGUACGUUGGCAACCCGAUCGACUGUAUACACACCAAAGACAUCCCAGAGGACGUAUUGAACACGUACUGCUGGAUUCACUCCACGUACACCCUGAAGAGUUUCUUCACGAAGAAGGUUGGUGUGGAGGUGCCAUACCCCGGGAUCGGGAACAGCCGGGAGAAGGGGAAAGAAGACAUGAGUGACCGCAAGAUAUACAAGUACUAUCAAUGGGUCUGCUUUUGCCUAUUUUUUCAGGCGAUGUUAUUCUACGCGCCGCGGUGGUUGUGGAAAUCCUGGGAAGGCGGGAAAAUCCGCGCCCUCAUGAUGGACUUGGACGUAGGCGUCUGCACCGAGAUCGAGAAGAAGACGAAGAAGAAGCUCAUUCUGGACUACCUGUGGGAGAACCUGCGCUACCACAACUGGUGGGCCUACCGGUACUACCUUUGCGAAGGGCUCGCUCUUAUCAACGUUAUAGGGCAAAUGUUCCUCAUGAAUCGUUUCUUCGAUGGCGAGUUCAUGACGUUCGGACUGGAUGUCAUCGCGUACAUGGAGUCUGACCAGGAGGACCGGAUCGACCCGAUGAUCUACAUAUUUCCGAGGAUGGUCAAAUGCACACUGUUCAAUAAAUUCGGGUCUUCGGGUGAGGUGGAAAGGCACGACGCUCUCUGCAUCUUGCCACUCAACGUCGUCAAUGAGAAGAUCUACGUCUUCCUCUGGUUUUGGUUCGUCAUACUCGGUAUCCUCACAUUCAUCACCCUUGUAUACCGAAUAGUUAUCAUCUUUUCGCCACGCAUGCGUGUGUAUAUGAUGAGGAUGCGCUUCAGACUCGUGAGACGAGACAACGUCGACACAAUCGUCAGAAGAAGUAAAAUGGGUGACUGGUACCUUCUCUACAUUCUUGGAGAGAACUUAGAUUCCGUAAUAUUCAGAGAUAUAAUGCACGAGUUUGCGAACAAGCUGAAUCACAACUACCAGCACCACAUUCAUGGCGUUCCGGACGCGUGACCUCCGAUCCCGGGUUGGGUAUUCCACACGUGACUGACGUCGUUGCAGCGCGACAUGGACCCGCCCGUCUAAAGUGCGCUGGAACUCAUUAGAAGUGUAGACUUCAACGGAGACAAUCUCUGUUCGUAUGUAAGAGAAAAUAAAUCGGGCCAAGUCAGCUGCCUUGCGGCACCCUAUUUCCGCCGGCCGGACUGCUACGCGGAGUGUAAGAUACAUGUCAAAGACUUUAAUUGACGAUAUUUGUAAUCGUUACAGUGCAAUUCUAAAUAUGCAAUAAUAGAAUGUACUUAAUGUUUAAGAAUGUGAUCUCAGGAUGAAUCCUAUCGAAAGCCUUAUUGAAGUCGACAGUGACGGCUAUCCCGUUAGAAAUAUCUAGUGUUCAACUUUUAGAAGUAUUUUACUUAUAGUUUCGCUGCUCGUAGUAACUGUUUGUCAGGAACGCUUUGUUUUUUUCUACUCUAGCUAAUAUUUGAGAAUAAGCACACAGAUGGCACAUCGUUUAUCUUUUACACGAUUUCUCACUUGCAAGGAUUUGACAGACCAAAAAGGAAAAUAAAGCAAUAAAUAAUUAAAGGAACUAAUAAGUAAUGUAGGAUUAGUAAUCGUAAUUGGAAUUUAAAUACAAUAAUAAUUACAUAAUAUAGAUAGACCAUUGCGAAUGUCCAAAUCGGGCAUUCCUACUGGGCAUGCAUCACUGACGUACUUACCUUUUGCGCGCCAAAAGACAUUUUACGUUAAACACUAGACAAAUAAAUGAACAUAGUUGUACUUAUAUUGCAAUAUUAUCAGCAUCAAUAUUAAUAUGAUAGACAUAAUUUACUAUUGAAAUAAGUUCCUUUGAAGUUUAACAUACGUGUUCAGUGUAGUAAGUACGUUUUCGAAAACGACUGAAAUUUUGGAAAUUAUAACAAUAAAUUGUAAAGAAAUUAAGCGUAACUCAAAGCUAUGAUUAGACUAAUUUUGGAUGCUUUAAUGCCGGAAUCAGAUGAUUCGCUAUAAUGUAUGGAUCUAAAUCAAAAGACAAAGAAUUAUAAAAGUGAAUGCUAUCACAUCAGUGUUAUAUGAUUUCGUUAAUUUUUACAGUUCAAAAAGUCAGACACUGAACCGAAUUCCUAUGAACAAAAUCUCUUCAUGAAGAUGAAUUAAAAUAUUUCGACGCUUUAUUUUAGGCAUCGAAAAUUAAACCAUUAAUGAAUCGUCUAAUUCCGGCCUAAGAUGUAUUUUGAGUAUUCCAAAAUUAUUUAGAAUUUAGACGCGGAACUCGAAAGAUUCUGUGUGACAUUCAAAUCGAUUAAUCAUUCAAUCUUGAUAUUUCUUGUAUAAAGAUUUGUCAUAAUUUACGUCAUAAUGACGAUUUCGAUGUCAAUAAAGAAUUAUGGCCACUGAGUCGUAGUGUACGUUUUCAAGUUAACAAAGUGACAGUGGCGUCACGUUUGAACGUGGAUAUAAAAUUACAGAUUAAAGCUAACGCUCAAGAGCAUCCGAGUAAGUUAACUUGAAAACUUAAACUAGUAGCACUGAAGAACAUCUAGUUGUGACUAAUACGUGGAAACGUAUUAGAUAAUGUAAUUGUUGGAGAGCUGUUGUGUUUAUUAGUAGAGAAAAUUGUUAAUGUGUCGGUUGUUCGUCUGUAAUGAUUUAAACAGUAAAGCAAAUUGACGAUAUUUCAAGAGUCCCUGCAAAUGGACAUUAUAAAGUCACGAGUAAAGUAGAUGUACUAUUCUUUGAAAAUGACGACGUUUGCGGAGGCUCUAAAUCUUACAACUAUUUAUCUUCAAAACCCAUUUACAGUGCCACCAUUAUCUGUGGAAUUUAAAAAAUCGGAACACAACACUAAAAAAGUUACAUCUUAAAAUUGAAUCUAACAAUGAAACAAUGACUUGAGUGUUCUUUUAGAUUACAAUCGUAACACACAAGAAACUACACUGUGUUGUAGAGAGACAUUAAUCAGUAACUUACGUCACAAAAUGCUAUUCAAACGCAAGUCGGAAUUAUUGGAAAUUACUUUUCAGAUAACAACUCUUAUUUGUGGUCUUAGAAACUCUCUGUUGGUGUAGGUUUCUAUUAGCUCGGGUCAACUUUGUGAAUUUCUAUCGGUCAAAUCUGUUCCAUCAAAGGCCUGCCGGUCGAGGUUAGUUACCGGCCUUCCAUGUGUAGAUUCUAAUAGACUGCCAUACCUCUUCUAAAUUAUACGGAUUUUUUUUUACGAUACCAGGGAUGAAAUUGAAUUCACUCGUUUAGUAUAUUCUCGGUGGAAUCUGCCUUCCAAACCGGUGGUAGACUACAAACAGACUGACUUGACGUUUCAAAAGUGCUUAUAAACUGGGCCUACUUGAAAUAAAUGAAUUUUGUUUUUUUAGUACACUUUAAAAUGAUAGUAGUAUAUGAGAACAUAAAAAGCAUAGUUCGUUGAUAAUUUGGUGGCACUGGUAAAUGAGUAAGAUCAGGGCAAUUUAU